AGGUCCGGAAUGUACCAGCUCCAGGGUCUCGGUGUCGUUAAGUGUGAAGAUUGAGCCUAUUCGUCGCUUCAUGCACCAGCACACAUUCAACUUCUCGUGCUUGCCUGCCUGAAUCCAAGUAUUCCGGUCGAUUGUGGGGAAAUCAUGCUCUAUCGGCGUUCGUACAUGAUGGAAGGGAGAGAGGUUGGCGGGAACAUGCCCACCAGCCAGCACUUUCAAGUUUUGAAGUCAUAGUGUGAUGUUAUACCUCCUGGUUAGAUCUUUGUGAUGGACAACAGAAAAAGUUUCGUUGUGAUGAGAAUGCGGGUGAAUGGUUGAGAUAACUACUUCGAAGCCGAAGCAAUCUGCUUUUUCGAGUAUGCACCGCUAUCAGAUAGCAAAGCGUCUUGGAGAUGGGACAUACGGAGAAGUUGUUCGAGCCAUCAACAAACAGUCUGGCGAAGUCGUGGCUGUCAAGCGGAUGAAGAAAAAGUAUUACAGUUGGGACGAAUGCAUUGCUCUCCGUGAAGUUCAAUCUCUGAGAAAACUUCGUCAUCCCAACAUUGUCAAGUUGAAAGAGAUCAUCAGAGAGAAUGACCGCUUGCAUAUGGUGUUCGAGCACAUGGAUUGCAAUCUCUACGAGUUGACGAAGAACAGACGGAAGCAUUUGCCGGAAUCAAACAUCAAGAAUCAUAUGUUCCAGAUUCUGCAGGGGCUGGCUUUCAUGCACAAGAAUGGAUAUUUUCAUCGAGAUAUGAAGCCGGAGAACAUUCUGGUCCUCAACGACGUCACCAAGAUCGCGGACUUCGGUCUUGCCAAGGAGAUCAACGCUCGUCUCCCGUACACGGAGUACAUAUCAACCAGAUGGUACCGAGCUCCCGAAGUUCUUCUCCGCUCAAGGAACUACAAUGCUCCUGUCGAUGUGUUCGCCGUCGGGUGCAUCAUGGCGGAGUUGUACAUGCUGAGGCCGCUCUUUCCGGGAAGUAGCGAGAGCGAUAUGAUUAACAAGGUCUGCCAAGUGCUCGGCACCCCGACCAUGGAGAUCUGGCCGGAAGGAUUCAAGCUCGCAACAGCUCGUCGCGUCAAGUUUCCUGAGUUCGCCAAGAUACCGUUGCAGAACAUCAUGCCGCAUGCCUCCAAGGAAGGCAUUGAUAUAAUGGACGCGAUGAUGAUGUGGAACCCCAAGACUCGAGUGACAGCUGCUGGAUGCCUGGAGCACAAAUAUUUCGAUGAAGAGAAGGUGAAGCAGGAGGCAAAGAUGAAGGACAAGGAGCUGAGCAUGGAGAGAGCGAAGGAGAAGAUGAAGGAACAGGAGAAGAUCAAAGAAAAUGACAAGAAAGACUCGGACAGACUGAGAGAACAUGAGAAGAAGGAAAGCGACAAGUCGAAGGAUCACGAUAAGUCGAAGAAAGACAGGGAUAGGUACUUACAGGAGGAUUCGAAGUCGAGAAAUUCGUCGAGCCUGUCGGCUGUCAAGGGAGAUCAAAGUCUGUUGAGCUUCUCGAAGAAGUACAAGAACGUCGACACGACCGAGAGCAACACAAGCCUCUCACUCAACAGGAGCGAGAAAGCUUCGUUGAGGCACCACAACAGCAACAGGAAGGAGAGCAUCGAGUCGACAAGCUCAUCGAUCAGAAAUGAAUCAGCGCUCAAGUCGGGAGAGCUGUCUUUGAAUCAUGUUCUCCUCAUCCCUCCACUCAUCUCCAUCUUUCCUUCUUCUCCUCCUGCUUCUGUCUGUGCUCUUCCCAUGCACUUGCUUCUUCCCUGA